GAUUUGUUGUCUUGAUUACCAAUGAGGAGUGAAACUAAACACAAUGAGACACACGUCAGAUUCAAGGUUCAAGAAUGUACAGUAUGCAGAAGGCGUGCCUUAGAGCUGUUUAUAAAAUAAAAUCAUCAGGCUCUUCAGUCAUCCUCACACCUGCUGGAACUCAAACAGGUUACUUGAACUCUGCUGGACUACCCUUUUGAAGCAGCACCAAAGAGAAAAAACUAAAUUUUCAUCUUCCAACUGAAAUCUAAGCUAACCAUCAUGGAGUCAGAUGGGGACAAUAUUAUGUUAAUGCAGAAUUUACUUUCAGAGUAUGUGAAACAAAAUCCAACGUCCACCAACACGCAACUGUUCUCUUUUUUGGCGCUGCUGAACGCAUACGUUCCUGAUUCCUACCUCCUGAUGUCUGAGUGUCAACAGAUCCUUGGACCACCCGAUCCCAUCCACGGAGGCCCCCCCUUUGAAGAAAGAAUGGAGCCUUUUCCAUUGUUUGUGGGCAUAUCCAGUACAAACCCUGAACAUGUUUGUAUGGUUCACCCAAUUUUUGCACAGUGUGCUGUGAAGGUACUAGCUGCCUUAGGGAUUUCCAGGAGUGCCACAGUGAAGAACUUCAUGUUCUCACUUUGUGGAGAUCAGCCCCAACCACAUAUACUCCAGUUCAUCAAAGAUUUGCUGACAAAGAGAGAAUUUGGAGAAAAGGGUAAAGAUAAGUUCUCAAGGUUGAUUGAAGAUAUAGGUGAGGAAGAGAAUUUCGACAACGCUGUGUCCGUCUUGGUAACUGCAUCAAAUAAAUUGACACAAUACCCCAUUUACCCCCAAACCCUUUCCCGGCUCAUCGAGGAGAAGAUCGGAUGCUAAUUGUUAAGAACAGGCGUACCUACUAAUUCAAUACAACUGUUGGGGUUAAAGUGAGUUGAUCAUCAUUAUACUGUAUCUAGCUUCUGUGUAUUUUUGAACUGUGUAGGAAAUGUUGAAUGUAUCCUCUUGAAACAAAAAAUAUUCUUACCUGCAUUAUUUAGUAAAUUAAAUAUUUAACUGACCUCUUUGCUCGUGUUGAAGUGUUACUUUAGAACAAGAGAUUAAAUCAGUGCUUUUAUUUUGGUUAAAUGAUGUUUGACAUACACAUGAUUUACAUUUGUGUUUUGUUGUCAACAUUUGCAUUAGUGCUUGAUACAUGUGAGUGAACUUGUCAUGGUGCACAACUUUAGACUUUCUAGGAUUUUAUUGAUGAUAAGAAUUUUUAAAUGUGGAGUUUUGUUAUAAUAGGGAAGACUGAUGGCCUAAAUGUUAAAUAUAAAUUGUUAAAUAAUUUGAUUUCCCAUCGUUUGAUGCCAUGUGUCAGUCUUAAACUAUAUGUUAUUAAAG